AGUGAGUAAUGUGGAAAUUCUUGUUCACAACAAAUUUUAGAAAUUUCAAAGAGUAGCGACUUGCUUGAGUCAAUGCAUGACUUUCUAUGUUAUAGUCUUUGCUCAUCAUAAUGGGUCUCACUUUAACUUAUUGGCUACUAGCUCAAAGAACAGAAAGCAAUGGACAUCUCUGCUUUUGUGAUUUUGAGUUCCAGUUUCUUUCUUUUCUACUUUUUAUUCUCACAUGCCGCUGACAACAUUACUCAAUCCCAAACCCUAAGUGAUAUUGAGGGCACAACCUUGGUUUCUAAAGAUGGAGGCUUUGUUCUGGGGUUCUUCAGUCCAGGUGAUUCCACUAACCGUUACUUGGGAAUAUGGUACACCAAUAUCUCAAUUAAAACGGUUGUUUGGGUAGCAAACCGGCGCAAUCCAAUCACAAACUCGUCUGGCGUGUUGAUGGUAAACAGUUCAGGUAGUCUUGUUCUUCUCAACCAAAAUUCGACUGUUGCUUGGUCAGCAAAUUCAACAAAAGAGGCGGGGAAUUCAAUAGUACAGCUUUUAGAUUCAGGAAAUCUAGUAUUAAGGAAAGAUAAUGAUGAAAACCCAGAAAAUUAUUUGUGGCAAAGCUAUGACUAUCCUUCUGAUACGUGGCUACCAGGGAUGAAGCUUGGAUGGGACUUAAGGACUGGUCUUGAAAGGCGCCUAACUGCAUGGAAGAGUCCAGAUGACCCCUCUCCAGGAGAACUGAGUUGGGGGAUUGAACUUCAUAAUUACCCUGAGAUUGUCAUGAAGAAAGGCUCCAAGAUGUACUUCCGGACUGGCCCAUGGAAUGGCCUUGGUUUCAGUGGUGCACCAGAGAUAAGGGCCACCCCUGUUUACAGCUUCAGUUUUGUCUCCAACAAGGACGAGGUAUACUUCAUAUUCGACAUGAUUCAGCAUUCUGUAAUAUCAAGAGCAGUUUUGAACCAAACUCGGUAUGAGCGCUACAUAUUGGUUGAUGGAAAAUGGAGCCUGUACCAUCAUUUUCCAAGAGACGAAUGUGACACUUAUAAUUUAUGUGGUGUUUAUGGAAAUUGUAUCAUUGGUGAGUCACCUAGGUGUCAAUGUAUACAAGGAUUCAAGCCUAAGUCAACGGAAACAUGGAAUCCAGAGGAGUGGUCUAAGGGAUGUGUACGCAGUACGCAAUUGAGCUGCCAGGAUAAAGAAAAAAUUGGGUUUGAUAAAUUUGUUGGGUACAAAUUGCCAGAUACCACGUAUUCUUGGGUGAACCAAAGUAUGAAUCUUGAGGAAUGCAGAGUCAAAUGCUUGAACAACUGUUCCUGCAUGGCUUACUCAAACUCAGAUAUCAGAGAUGGAGGAAGUGGCUGCGUCCUCUGGUAUGGGGAUCUAAUUGAUAUUAAACCGACUGCAGCUAAUUGGCAGGAUGUAUAUAUUCGAAUGCCAGCUUCACAGCAAGUUAAAGGCAAGCAGAAGAUGAAGGUGAUAGUAAUAGUUGUGGUUGCCAUUGCCUCUGUUUUUGGGGUGCUCUGGAUUCUUUACUGCCUUUGCAAAAUGACAAGCUUGCGAGAUAAAAUGGAGAACAAUGUUAUGAUAGACCAGAACAUUGAAGGCCAAAGUGAAGACUUAGAGGUUCCAUUCUUCAGCCUAGCUACCAUAGCCACUGCCACUAACAACUUUUCAAUCAAUAACAAGCUCGGUGAAGGGGGUUUUGGACUCGUAUACAAGGGUACGCUUACAGAUGGACAGGAAAUUGCUGUGAAAAGGCUUUCACAAAGUUCUAUACAAGGAUUGAAUGAGUUUAAAAAUGAAGUUACGUUGAUUGCCAAAUUGCAGCACCGUAAUCUUGUUAGGCUUUUAGGCUAUUGCAUCGAAGGACAUGAGACAAUCCUAAUCUAUGAAUACAUGCCCAAUGGAAGCUUAGACUCCUUCAUUUUUGAUCAAACAAGAGCUGGAGUUUUGGGUUGGUCUAUGCGCUUCAACAUUAUUUGUGGGAUUGCGCGGGGGCUUGUCUAUCUUCAUGAAGAUUCUAGACUGAGGAUCAUACACAGAGAUCUCAAAGCAAGUAAUGUUUUACUUGAUAGUAAUAUGAAUCCAAAAAUUUCUGACUUCGGUUUAGCUAGAAUCUUUGGUGGAGAUCAAACUGAAGGAAAUACAAAUAGAGUAGUUGGAACCUAUGGUUAUAUGGCACCUGAAUAUGCCAUUGAUGGUCUAUUUUCAGUAAAAUCUGAUGUAUUUAGCUUUGGAAUAUUGUUGUUGGAGAUAUUAAGUGGAAAGAAAAAUCGAGGAUCUUUCCAUCCAAGCCAUGGUCAAAACCUUGUUGGAAAUGCAUGGAAAUUAUGGAAAGAAGGCAAGCCUUUAGAACUUAUUGAUACUUGCUUAGAGGACUCUUGCGUCUUAUUGGAGAUUGUACGUUGCAUGCGGAUUAGUUUCUUAUGUUUGCAACAACAUCUUGAGGAUCGGCCUAACAUGUCAUCUGUGGUUAUGAUGUUGCAUGGUGAGAGUUCAUUACCUGAACCUAAAGAGCCUGCUUCUUUUGUAGGAAAAAAAUCAUCUUCAUCGAGCAAGAACCAAUCAUCCUCAACCAAUGAAAUUACUGUUACACUGUUAGAGGCUCGAUAGCCAAACGUCAUAUUAAUUUUAUUAUUGCAUAUCUAAUAAUUGAUAUUUCUAUUGUACAUUUUGUAAGUUAAACAUAGUUUUAUUUCCUAAGUUUGUAA